AUGUUUCUUGAAACCGCCGAUGUCCUCGUUGAGAAUUACGUUGAACUGUUCUGGUACCUCUUACAAGACCACCAGAAGGAGACAAGAAAUCUUCCACGCGUUGACUCCGCGUCCAAUGUCAAGGUCCUUUCGAAUUCCAGCUCGUUAAAGAUUCCAGUCAGGCGUCUCUCCAAAAUCAGCGUCGAGAAGCCGUCAAGCCCAACACCGGUCGAGCCGAACCCGACCGCUCCUCCUCUCUUUGCAUUAACCAUCGGCAUCAACAAGUACAACUGUCCUGAAUUCACUGUUCUCAGCGGAGCAGUAAACGACGCUGACUCAGUCGAAGAAUACCUAAAAGAGGACCUAUCCGUGCCUCCCUCACAUAUUAGGAGUCUACGCGAUGAAGCCGCCACAAGAGCCGCUAUAAUCCAGGGAUUCAUGGACCUCCGGAGUGAUGAGCGGAUUAAACGCGGAGACCCGAUUCUUCUUUUUUAUGCGGGACAUGGUGCGGAGACCGAUGUCAACGGCGGGAAGGGGAAGGAGGGAGAGAAAAUACAGAUGAUCGUUCCUUGCGAUUAUGGCGAGGGGGAGGAUGGCGUUGAUGGGAUACCGGAUCGGACGAUUAAUGCGUUGCUUGAGGGACUCGCUAGGGAGAAGGGAGAUAAUAUUACCGUGAUUUUCGACUGCUGUCAUUCCGGUUCUGGUACGCGCAAAGGGGCGCCGGAGGACCACACCCGUGUCAACCGAUCUGCAACACUUAUGAAGGAUGUGCCCUCUCAUCUCGACAACGACAUACUGGCAGGUGCCCGCGGCGGUCGACUGUCCAAAGGGUUCCUACAAAAAGGAUUAAGAUCUCACGUCCUUAUGGCCGCCUGUGGCCAAGCACAGCAAGCUGUCGAUGAUCGCAUUCAUAAACGCGGUGUUUUUACUCAUGCGUUGGUUACUGCGCUAAAAACUAUCGGGGCGGAUAGAUUAACGUAUACUGAGGUGUUGCAGCGCAUGGAACGUCUUCCAAUGCAAGACCCGCAGUGCGAGGGGUUUCACCAGGACCGUAUAUUCUUUCAUUCGAAAGCCCCUAGUGCUGGUCGAGUCUUCUACAAUGUCCACCUCGACGAAAAAGGUUCUGUAAUCAUCGAAGCUGGGAGCGCACAUGGAAUCACAUCAGGCACAGAAUUUGCGAUUCACAGCAGCCAAGACUUCAAAGACGACUCACUCCUCGGAACUCUUGUAGUCACUGAAGUAGAGCCUUUCUCUUGCUCUGCACGGUUUCCUCUUGGUACUGACAAAAAUAAUCUUCUGGAGAAGGGACCAGCGUUCGCGCUGGAGACCAAGGCUGGCAAACAAGCUGAUUUUCGGAUCCACGUUCCUCUAGACAAGGCGUUCCUUUGUGUUUUCGACGCCAUCGCGCUGGAGAUGAAAUAUAUCGAUCCUGAGCACGGAAAAAUAGUGGUUGUGGAGAAAAAACAAAAUCCUGACUUAGAAGUUGCCCUGGAAGGCGGGGGAAUCGUUUUCAACAUCCUAGAUCACCGCAUCACGCGGUACGGCUUGACGCGCAUGCCGUAUUCCGUUGCUGCCGACGUUCAGGAGGUAUACCCCGUCAUGCGAGCAGCAGCGCAUUAUUACUGGCAUCUCAAUCGUACGAGCUUGAUACCGGCUUUGGAAGGACAACUUCAUGUUGAGUUUACGAGGCUGGAGAAGGCGAGCGUCGAUAUUAAUUUCCAGCCCGUUCUUGGUCCCACUGGACCGAACCUCAAUCUCUUUGGCGUCAUUGACCUCGUCGCGGACGGGCGUUUCAAGUACGGAAUGAAGAUCACCAAUGAUUCCCCUUUCGAUCUCUAUCCUUCAAUAUUUCUGUUUGACAACAGCGAUUUUUCUAUCGAUCCAUAUUAUUUGCCCUCGACCUCGGGACAACGUCUCGACGCACCACUUCCCAAGCGAGGGGGUUCUCUCACUGUUGGCUAUGGCUCUGGCGGCGCUGCUCCUUUCACUUUCCAAGUCCGCGAUAAUCAGAAUGUGGAUGUCGGGUUUUUCAAGUUUUUCCUGACAACUCAGCCCGUUAGGUACAAUAACGUGCCGCAGCCAUCUCCAUUCGCUUCCAAGCGGGGUAUGGUCACGUCACGUCGUGAGACAUUAUCUAUUUUCGCUACAAUGACCCUACCCGUGGUGCAAAGGAGGAAACUUUCCACUUUUGACCGGGGAAUCCAUAACAAGGAAGUCCUCCCCUCCUCCUUCCCGUCUUAUCCUUCCUUCCAUGGGGGCGCUGUUGCUCCUGCGCGAAUUCCAGACAUCAAUCAUGCAUCAUGGUUGCCAUGA